AUGCCUUCCUCAGUUCAGUGACAGCGCCCUGACUGUCAUAAUGAUGGGACAAUCCUCGUUGUAAAACAGAACAAAUACAUCUGCGAAACCCACUUCACCAAUAACUAUGCUAACAACGAAGUUCAGCCGCUUGUCUCUAGUCAAGACUUGCUGGCAUAUUUCAACCAAGUCGAUUGCAUAUUAGGGAAAGUGAAAACGUCAGUGAAGUACUGAAAAUAUGGCAAAGCGAUGGAAGAUGUCAAGGAGUUUAUAGGGAAAUGAGAUGGAGAGCUGGAAGAUGUUCUUGAGAGAUAUAAUAAUGCCGUUGGUGAUGAAGAUGAAGAGUUCUCUAUCUUCACUGAUUUGAAGACGGAAUUGGAUAUAUAAUUAAGGAUGAGAUGAAAAGUCAACCGUUUUGGAAAAUCUUCACGGAUGGAAUGCUAUGGAUGCAAGCGGAACACCCUGUAGAUAAUAGAAAAGUCGACCUUCAGCUUGACAAUAGACAAGAAGAAUCAACUGUUCAUUCUAAGUGUGACGGAUCUUCAAAUGAAAAAUACUCAGAUGACAUAUCUAUUCCAUUACCAUCAUCACCUUCUAACCAAGAUAAAAAGAAAUGGGAAAUUAUGUCUGAUAACUCACCCGAGAAAAAUAAGAAGUCUUUAGAACAAGCAAUAGAUCAUAAAAGCUAUGAAAAAGACCCAAGUAUCUCUGCUCAUCCUAGCUCAAAGAAAUCUCAAAAAGCCAAUAAAAAGACCAAGAACGAUCUGAAAGUUGAUAGCGGUAUCAGCGAAAAAAGUGAGUCUACUACAAAGGAACUUCACUCCACAAACCCACACCACAACCCAGAUGCCCGAAUAAACUGCUGGAUCGGAUCCAAAACCUCCAGCUCCAAAUCUCCUUCCAAAGCCAGUGCCAAAAAGGGAGUCUUCAACUACGAAGAGGACAAAUCUGAUCCUAAUAAGGAUGAAGAAGAGAAGGGAGGAGGAAGGAAAGAUAGUGCCCAUAAAGCUGAGAGUCUUAGUAGAAGGCAGUUAGAGUACCAUAUUGGGUUUAUUUUACCAAAAGAAGAGGUUACGACUUAUCUGAGAGACGACAUUUUUGAAAUAGAUUUUUCAGUGGAGAAAGAUAGAGAUCUAGUAGAGUCAUUGAAAGGAAAGAAGCUGCCAAAUCUCAAAAAGAUCAAUUUAUACAACGUUCCAGAGAACGACUUAUUGGUGAAAGCAUUCUUGAAGGAUUACUUCCCUUCGAAAUGUCAUAACUUCUUCUUUAACACUGGAAAUUCAGGCUUAAUUAGUAUCGAGAAUUAUAUGAGCCAGUUUGAAGUCAUGAGCUGCCAAGUUACACAAAAGAUAUGCAUCUCCAACUGUGCAGUGACUGAAGAUGAAAUGAAGAAAUUGCUUGCUUACAAUAAAAAUAAGGCAGGAUUUGGAUUCCCAGACUGCCAAAUUGACAUAACCUCAGAGGUUGACUUCUCAGAUGCUUUAGAAGGAACUAGUUUACAAAAUUUGUACUUCCACAAUUGUGGGAAAGAAGAAAACUCAAAUUGGAAAGCUUAUCCAGAAAGACUAGUUUACCUCAUCAACGGACUUCUAAAGUCAGAAUAUCUAAUCAACUCCUUAAACAAGAUCUGUCUUUAUGGACAUAACGUCAAGAAAGGAACCAUCAACAAAAUCCAUAAACAAAAAGCGAAUACCAAAAAGGUACUAGAUCUUACAACCAAAUAUCCCAAUUAAUAGGCUCUUGAAUAAUUCAAAAGUUAA